GCCAGAUCUGUAGUCAGUGCUGCGAGCGAUCAGUGUCUGAAUAGUCGUGCAACGCAUUGAAUCGGCAGUGAAAAAUGUACUACAAGCUGACAGUACUUUUAACGCUGGGCCUGGGCCUUGUCCUCGUGCAAUCGGAGAGCCCCAAACCCAUCACGGAGACAUGUUUGCUGUGCAUGUGUGAGGCACUGAGCGGCUGCAAUGCGACGGCUGUGUGUGUGAACGGAGCCUGCGGCAUCUUUCGGAUCACCUGGGAUCAGUGGGUGGAUGCGGGCAGACUGACAGUGCCCGGCGACACACCACUCUCGGACAGCGCGUUUACCAACUGCGCCAAUGAUCCGCACUGUGGGGCGGACACUCUCCAGAACUACAUGGUGAAGUACGGCCAGGAUUGCAACGAUGAUCAGCAGGAGGAUUGCUACGACUACGGUGCCAUCCACUACAUGGGUCCAUUCAAUUGCAAAGCCGAUAUGCCCUACAACUACGAGAACAUCUUUAAGCGGUGUCUGCGACGUGCGCAAAGGGAGCAGCAGUCCACAGACUAAGCCGCCUAGGGGCAACC